AUGCUCUCAGCCGCUCGCGCGGCGGCCGAUUUGCUGCUGCCAGAGCUGGGCCGCGGGCUGAGCACCGGCGUGGCGCUGUACGCGGCCAGCCAGGGGCACGCGCAGUGCCCGGCGUGCUCGUGCGCGCCGCAGUUCCACUGCCCGGAGCUGCGGUGCGACUGCUCAGGCCUCCAGGGCUCGAGCAGCCACGGGCCCAGCCUGUGGGCCGUGGCGCUGGCCUGCGCCGCCAGCGGGCUGGUCGGGGCCUUCACCGCCGCGCUGGCCUUCUGGCGCGCGGGCGGUCGCUUCGUGGCGGCCCGCCGCCCACAGGUCGGUGGUGACAGGGAGCCGGACUUCGAGGAGGAGGCCCGCACUGCAGCAGUGAUGGCGGCGCCGGCGCCGCCGGUGCACCCGUCAGUGGCCGCGGCAGGUGUUCAGCCCGGCGACUUCAUUGGGGUGCAGUACCACGUCGCGGGCGGGGCCCUGAUCCACGAACGCGUUGUGGUGCUCGUGCCGCCAGGGCUUCCAGGCGCGGCUUGCAUCAUCACGCCCGAUGCGGACGAGUAUGAGGAGCUGUACGUGGGCUCGCCGGACGUGCUGCGGUGGGACAUCUUCCCUGGCGGCGCGGCGGGGGGCACGAUGGCGUGGGCGCCUGGCGCCCGCUACUACAGGUUCCGCAGCCUGCCGACGCCGGCCACGCUGCUCACCGCCGCGGCCGCAGCCGCCGGCCGUCUCGGCCUUGCCGCCCCGCCUGGGCCCAUCGUGGCCAACGCAGGUGGGCGGCCGCUGGCGGCGCCGGCGGCGGCGGCCGUGGGUGCGCUGCUGCCUGCCGCUGCAGCCCCGGCCGCCGCCCCCGCUGCGGGCGUCGCCGGGCUGGUGGCCGCGCUGGGGGGCCCCGCGGGGGCGCCCGGAGCCCUGGUGCCCCUCGGGCCUGGCGGUGCGGCGGCCCCGGCCCCGGCGCCCGCGCCGGCGCCCGCGCCGGCGCUUCCAGGCGCUGCUGCCCACGCUGCUCCGCCUGGCGCACAGUCGGACGCCCGUGUGCUGCCUGUGGCGUACAACGCCCUCGGCCAGAGGAAGCUGGGCUUCUCGGAGGCUGUGCUGCGCCUCGUGGAGCAUGACUGGCCGGACUGGCCCAUCUCGGGGCCGAGGACGACGCUGUGGGUGUGCCUGUUCAUGAAGGACAACGGCAUGUCGCCGCUGGGCCGCCACAGCAAGUGGCGGUCGGAGGGCCGCCUGGCGCUGACGGACGCGGGGGUGGCCGAGCACGAGCGCUGCUGCUUCUACUUGGAGCAGAUGGUGUGCUACGAUUUGCUGAAUGUGCCGGACGUGGCUGCAGCGGAGAUGGUGUGCCGGAGCAUCCAGGUGCAGGAGGAGAGGUGGCGGGAUCGGUUCAUCACCAAUGCCGACGAGUCUCUCGACUCCCACCUCUUUUACGGCACCUCGGCCAACCGGGGCAACGUGUGUGCUCACCCCCAGCUGCUGGCUUACGUCAGCGGUGAGCUUUCCAAGGAGUACGCCGCGGCCAAGGAGAGGCCCAAGGCUCGGGGGGGGCGCCAGACCGCCAGGGCGCCCAACAACAAGAAGGGCGGCAAGGACAAGGACAAGGACUGCUACCUGGGGAUGGGCGCGAUGCCGAGCGAGCCAGGUUUUUGCGAAGAAGCCCUCCGCGAGCUUCUCAGUGGCUCCACCGUCUACUCCGAAGAUGGUGGCGCACGGGUCCCGUGCUCGAAGGAGCUGGUCUCCUGGCCUGAGGUGGGUUCCAGCCCGGUCGACCUUGUGGGCUGCCUCACUCAGGAUGAUGCUGAUUGGGCACGGGAUUGGCGACAUAAUUUGCUCAAGACGCCCGACGAGGCGCUGCUCGGGGCCCGACAAGCUUGCCCUCGCGGACCUUUCGUUGACCCUCGGUUGGCGCGGGAUCCAGUUUUGUAUGGUGAUUUUGUUCGGCGGCUUCAUCAAUGUGGUAUGCUGCGCUUCAAGGUGGCGUCCACUACCAAGCCCAUGAUUGUUGUAUUUUUUGCGAGGAAGAAGUCCGGCAAGCUGCGCAUAGUGUUCGACACGAGGUACGCCAACGCCUACUUCCACCCGGCGCCGGCGACACGGCUGCCUACGGCGGCCGCGGUGUCUUCGGUGGAGUCGGGCGGCAUGCCCCUGUGCGUGGCGGCCGGCGACCUCGACAGUGCCUUCUACCGUCUCAGGCCGAUGUCCGGCUUAGAGGACUACUUCACGCUGCCCCCGCUUUCCUCGACCCUAGCGGGCAUCACGGAGCUGGAGGGGGUCAGCAUUCCGGCAGGGACCAGCUUGGCUCCCUGCCUUAACAUCCUGGUGGUCGUGGGCGAUGCACUUCUGCCAGGCUGUGACCAUGCGCGCCAUUUCUCUGGCGGGCUUCGCGGACUCGCAGAUUGCGGAGGACGGUCGGUCCAGCGUGGCCCUGCCCGCUCGCUCAGACACGGCGGCAGCGGGCUACGUGGAGUGGACAACUUCUACGUCUUCGGCCACGACGCCUCGCUGGUCACUCAGCGCCGGGACGACGUGUCGGCCGUCUUGCGCGGGUGGGGCUUGACCGUCCACGAGGAGACGGAUGCCUCCCCCGACGCCGUGCUGGUGGGCCUGGAGCUCCGGCAGGGCCGCUGGCUGUCCAUCAAGCGCCGCAACCUGUGGCGGCUCCGUGCGGCGCUGGAUGCCGUGCUGCGCCGGGGCUGCUGCUCCAGCAAGAUGCUUGAGGUGCUGGUGGGCCACAUCACGUGGGCCUGCUUGAUCCGCCGUGAGCUGCUGUGCGUGCUGUGCUCCGUGUACCCGUACAUAGCGGCCGGCCUGCCGACGACCUCGCGGCUGUGGCCCUCCGUGCGCCAGGAGCUGUGGCUCGUCCGCUCGCUGCUCCCGCUCCUACAGAAGGACCUGAGCAGCCCGUGGCGCGACGUGGUCGGAGUGAGCGACGCCUCCGAGUUCGGAGUCGGCGUCGCCGUGCGGCCGGCGCAGCCUGACGCGGCGGCGCAGCACGGCCGCCAGUGCGAGAGGUGGCGUUACCGAGUGCACGGUGCCGAGAAGGCCCGCGAGAGAGCCCUCCGCCCUCAGCCUCUACCAUCCUCCGCAUACGACACAGCUUCGCUGCCUGCCGGACUGCAAGGCCUGGACGUCUUGGGGCUGGAAUCCUUCAUCCGGGUGCACCCGAGGGAGUUCAUGGAGGUGCCCAAGGAGUUCUUCGACGGGGCUCGCUGGGCUCCUGUUAUCGCCUCAAGGGUCGUCGUGCCCGACAACACUCUGGCUCUGGAGGGGGACGCGUGUGUCUUGGGCAUCAAGCGCAUCAUGAGGCUGACGGGCCGACACCUGCAGGAGCCGACCUCGAUGGCGGGUGCCUCGGCCUCUCGCCGCCAGGCGGAUCGCCACCGCAGAGCCGCGGCGGCUCGCCAGGUGGCGUCCGAGCGGGGGCCUUCGGGCGGCCUCUCGUUGCUGGAGCGCACGGCGGUCAGGCCGGGCACGGAGCACCUGUGCCAGGUAUACCUCCGGGCCUUUCUGCAGUUCUUCCUGGUCAUGACCAUCGACUGGACGACCGGGGUCGAGAUGGACGUCGCCCUGGCCACGUACCUGAAUUCGAUGUACGUCGAGGGCCGCGCCCCGAACGAGGGCUCCGUGCUGCUGGCGUCGCUGGCACACUACACGCCGGCGCUGCGCAAAAGGACGGCUCUGGCCUUGCCGAGGGCCUCGCGCUGUCUGGCGGGCUGGCGCCGGCGCGUCCCGACCAGGAUGCGCCUGCCGCGGCCUCGCCGGGCCGCCUUCGCCAUCGCCGGGGCGCGGGCGGCCUGGGGCCAGCCGCGCAUGGGGCUCUUCGUGAUCGCGGGCGACGGACCCUUGUGGGACUUCCUGCCUACGUCGACUGCUCGGCUCUUCGAGGAUGCGUGCCACGCCCUGGGCCUGAUGCAUUUGCAGCCGCAUCUGUACUCUCUGCGUCACCAGGGCGCCAGCGAGGACCUGCUGUCGGGCGCCAGGACGCCGGAACCGGACAUGCGGCGGGGUCGCUGGGCCACAGUGGCCUCGCUCCGCCGCUACAGCAAGGAGACCCGCCUCCUCCGGGAGGCCGCCAAGGUGGACCCCGACGUGCUGCUGUUCGGCGAGAUCGUGGAGCGCAACUUCCUGGACGCGUUGCGGGUCGGCCCCCUGCUGCCGCUGGUGUGGGCCGAGCUGCCCGCGAGCGUUGGCCGUGCUGGCGCGAGCAAGUGGGGGAGCUGCCUGUUUCUGGAGCUGUUUGCAGGACAGGGUCGCAUCGCCAAGCGCAUCCGCGACCUUGGCUACGGGUGCCUCGACCUGGACCUCGUUCACGGGGCCUGUGAGGAUCACCUCCACACCACGUUCGAGUCGGUCGUGCGCGGGUGGCUUCUGAGCAAGGCCAUUGUAGGUCUGUGGCUGGGCACUCCCUGUACGUCCUGGUCGCAGGCUCUCAGAGACCCUUUGCGCUCCAGUCGUUUCCCCAUGGGGAAACCAGGUUUGUCCGGACCUAGGCUGGACCGCCUUCGCGUUGGCAAUCGCUCUUUCUACUUUUCUUGCCGGCUCAUCCGGCUCUGCAUCCAGAUCGGCUGCCCUGUCUUUUUGGAGAACCCUCGCGGGUCGCUGCUUUGGCACGCCCCCGAGAUGGUCAAGCUUCUUUCGGAUUCGUCGUGCACCAUUCACAAGAUGGACAUGUGCCGCUUUGGCACACCCUUUAAGAAGCCGACGACAGUGGCCGGCUGGAAUGCAGGCGUUUUCCCCAGCUUAUGUAAGUCUUGCUCUGGCAAGGGUGGCAUCUGCUCGUCGACUGGCCUGCCCCACCUUAUCUUCCAAGGCCGAGACAAAGGUGCGCCUGCCCGCCUCACCGAGCUAGCUGCAGCGUGCUCGCCUCAGUUCGCCCGCGCAGAAACGUUGUAUCGGAGCGCUUCACGUAGCCUUGCGGACAGCACUAAGUUCAUCACGUUCACUGCCGUGCUGACGAUCUACGCCCUCAUAGGGGAUGACCUGCGCCUCCUCUUCACCAAUCAGCUGGUGGACCCGUGCUUCGACGCCGUGGUCUCCCUCAGCCCCCGGCCGCGCCGUGCGCGGUGA